GUGACAGAGACUGGAUUAACACUAAAGCAACAGAAGGGAGAGAGACAGAGAGAGAGAGAGAGAGAGAGAGAGAGAGACAAAAGAGAGAGAGAUGGCACUGUUCCUAUACUGCAGGCUGCCUUCAGGAUGUUCUUUUGGGAACCGUAAGCCACUGCUUGUCUUGGGUGUAUGUCUUCUCGGUGGAUUGAUCUACUUUCUAAGGGAGAAGAGAAUGCCUGCUGUUCCUGCCAACUCCAUGCCUAUGUUCUCUGGAGUGGAGCAAAUGCGAUCUGGAAUGGACAGUAAAGUGUUUCCUGUGAUGACACCUUGGGGUGCCCCGCUGGUAUGGGGGGACAGCAAAUCCUCGGUCUGCCAUAUAGACAAGUUUUCCCAUCAAGGUGCUCGCAUUGGCCUGGUAAUCCUGGCAAUCGGGAACUACAAUCACUACUUACAACGUCUCAUGUCUUCUGCAGAACUCUACUUCCUGCCUAAAUUCUACGUCACUUAUUACGUCUUGACGGACAGACCAGGAGAUCUAAAUCCUCCCUUGAAUCUGGGGCAGACCAGAGAACUGUGUAUCAUCCCUGUGGCUGAGAUGCCAGGUUGGGACAGACUCGGCCUGCGGCGUAUGGCUUUGCUUGCAACCCUCAUCAAGAAGCAGAUCAAUCUGGAGGUAGAUUAUAUCUUCUGCAUUGAUGUUGACCAGGAAUUCACAAACCCGGUAGGCACAGAAAUCUUAGGGAAGAUGACGGCCACGCUGCAUCCUCUGUAUUACGGAAAACCUAGGCAUGUUUACCCCUAUGAGAGUAACUCAGACUCACAGGCUUAUGUUGCCAUGGGGGAAGGUGACUAUUACUACAGCUCUGAGUUCUAUGGAGGACUGUGCUCCAAGGUGUUAGCCAUGGCUCAGGCAUGCUCCCUACUCAUUCUAAAGGACCAGGAUAAGGGAGUUCGAGCCCAGGAGUUAGAGGAGAGCUACCUGAACCGCUAUUUGAUCAACCAUAGACCUUCUUGUGUGCUUUCACCAGAAUACAACUGGUGGGAGUCACCUGGAGUCCCUGAAGUGCCCACUCAGAGGCUGCGCUCUAUCGGGAGACAGUGCUUAUCGACAGGCAACUAUAAGGGAGAUGCAAGUGUUUGCUGAGCAGAAGGAGGAAAUGGACACACAAGACGAAACAAUUAACUGUUUUUUAUCAUAUCAGUAUGCCAAAGAGUUGAAAAUUUGUUUAGAAUUUAGUAGCUACUGAAUAGCUUGUUAACUAAUAUGGCAAUUUACAGGUUGUACAAAAUACAUUCCAUAAAAGAUUGUGGAACCUGAUAGAGGGUACUGGAAUGCUAUAAAAUGUUCGAGCUAAUUCAAACAGUUAUAAUAGCGACAUCAUAACAACCUGUUAGUUCAAGAUUAUGACCAGCAAGAGUACAUUCUAUGCAUUCCAGAGGUCGGGGCAUUUCUUAACUGACUGACAUUCUUGUUUGGUAGUGGUAGCUCAGGAGUUCAAUUUCCGAGCAAGUGAUUGGACGAUUUUUAAGUUGAACCCAAUUGUUUAGACUGUGUCCUUACUUUAAUCGUAAGUCAUUUGAUAAACCUGUGCACAAAGCAGUGAACAUGUCUAGAACAGUCUGUAAUUUGAACGAACGGAUGUUCUCCAAGAAAAUACAAUGCGCUUGUUGUGUUUCUUCUACGGUACUUCUGUCUUAUUUAUUCUCCAUAAGGCCCUCAGCACCGCUUUAAAGACUUCCAACAAGCCUGAAUAAUACAAGACCAAACAUUUACUACGGUUCUUUUAUUCUCUUUAAUCCUCUAGGUGUUAACAGUUAGUGGAAUGAACUCCCGUCGUGAGAGCUUGUGUGCCUUUUCCUUUAAAUGGAACAGGAAUAACCUGGUUUGCUCUGUUUAAACAAGUGACCGGCCACACCAGCUGUGUCUGCUAAGUGAUACGGCUCAAACAUUUGUGUUUUUGUGUGAUAAGGGCUUAAUGGAGUUGGUACCCGAGCUGACUGACUCUACUGGUCAAACAUUAACCAGCACUGGUUUUGCAGUCUUUAUUUUCUUUUUAAAAAAUAAAAAUAAAAAAAGACUUCUCCUCUCCUGACCAGCUCAUCUUGACUCUGUUCUGAUAUAUAGCUCUGGGAUGCAUUUGUGUGUCUUUGUGAGUCAUUGUGCACUCGGUAAACACUGAAUUAGAGAGGGGGAGUCAUCCAUCUUCCACCGAACAGAUUCUGCUUAUGCUUAUGGGAUUUCCACUUGAAAAAAAAAAGAAAAAUCACCACAGGGGCAGUAAUAUUGUUUGUUUCACCAGCAGCACCAGCAAUCUUUUUCUAUUUUUAUACUUUUUUCCUACCUCUCCCAUAUCAUUGUUUUUUUGGGGUUUUUUUUUACCCCAGGUGCUUCCCUCCCACCUCCUUUACACUUUCUUUAUAGUCAGAGAAACAUGUGUGUCUGUCCCACACUGUACCAUGACACACAGGACGGACCGAACGGCUUAAAAACAUGCACACGCUGAUUUUCAAGACCGAGAUGUCUUCGUUGUCGUCAGUCCGAGAUAGGUAGCAAAGUUUCCAUAUGGUGUUUUUCCAUGAAUGGAGAACUAUAUAAACACAGAUAUACAAAUUAUUCACUCUUCCACUCUCACCGCAACGAAUAGAAGUUUCUCCCCUUCUAUUUUACAUCUAGUCAAUUACUGAAUAUUCACACCCUCUCUAUGACAUUUACAGGAGGAUAUGUAGCUGUGUUGCUACUCUGGUGGAAUAUGGAGCAGAUUUCCCCUUCUUGUUCUUGUGUCCUGUUAUAUAACCACGUGCGGCAACGUUGGCGAUUUACAAACUACGGAACGUUUAUACAGGAAACUAAGGCGGUAAUGGGCAACAGGAGUUAUGCUGUUGAUCUUUCUCUUGCCAGGUGCAAGGACGGAAGCGUGUGUGAGACACGUCCGGUGUGUACUGAUUGACGUCUAGACGUGAGUCAUGACACGGCUAUGAUGCAAUGCUUACACAAGACAUCAGGCCUGAAUUGGGGAAAACAGAAGAAAAACAGAAGAACUUUCUAAUAGUUUCUAAAAAGGAAAGCACAAUGCAUGUAUAUGUGUAGGCAGAGACAACAUCUUUUGUCUUUUUUCAAAUGAACGUACUGUUGUGAUUAUCUGAUCUUGAGUGGGAAAUCUGAGCGAGUCAGUAGUACAGAUCUCAGUAAACAAAUCGCAUCCGUUCUUGAUUAUGUCUCCCAGCAUGCGGGUAGGCGAGCAGGUUUUGCAAAGGGCAACCACACCACACCACAGCUUUGUGCACUGUGAUGAGCACUUGUGUCAACAAAGACGAGGUGCUUCGAGAGAGGAAAUGUGAUCAAGCUCUAACGUGCCUGAAUCGUCUCAGUCCUCGUGUAUUGUUCUGAUCACAGGUGUGGGAACGAGCUUCCAUUCAUAUGAAAAGGAAGAUGAGAGCUAAUCAAAAUUCUGUCGCUCUCCUACUGUGAUGUAAAAAGGGGGUAGGUUUUAAACAGACUUCCAAAAGGAUCCAAACAACGAGAUACCUGUAAAUGGAGUAUUUCUUAAGAAACUGUUUAUUCUUGUGAAAAGUGGGUUGAA